UCUGGCUAGCUCUUUCCCUCUCUCUUGUCACUCCUUGUACAACAAAACCCAGCACCAGCCCUUCGAUCUGAUUCUUGAUGUUCAGGUCUUGAUCGGAAGCUACAAAUCUAGCGAAGCAACAUUCAUUUCAUGCCCUAGAAUCAUCAUACCAAAACCGAAGAAUUUAGUGUAUAUAAACUAUUUUUUAAAGGUGGAUCGAAGGCAUGGAAAGAGGCCACUUCCACUGGAAGCAUCAGAGGAGAAAGAAAAGGAACAUGAUGACUUCCCUUCUUAUGCCUCUACUUGGUCAGAGACAGACAUGUCUGCUAUGGUUUCAGCUCUCACUCAAGUCAUGGGUACUACCGACAAUAACCCAACUUCGGUGCAAUCCACCCCAUAUGCUCUGGAUCAAUCCGUCGUCAAAGACGAACCUGACCAGUCUCAACCAGUGCAAGAUCAAGAAAAUACAAGGAGAAGGCAUUAUAGGGGGGUGAGACAAAGACCUUGGGGUAAAUGGGCAGCCGAGAUACGUGAUCCUAAAAAGGCAGCCCGAGUCUGGCUUGGUACCUUUGACACUGCUGAGGAUGCAGCCGUUGCAUAUGACAAAGCAGCACUUAAGUUCAAAGGCACCAAGGCUAAGCUUAAUUUUCCCGAAAGAGUUCAAGGAAGAACCGAGUUCGGCUACUACAUGGGUUCUGGGACUUCAACCAAUGUCUUGACUGAACAAAGUCCUAGGCCAGUUGCUCCUCCUCCUCCUCCCCCUCCCCCUCCCCCUUCAUCAUUUGCACCAGAUACUUACCCAGACUUGCUUCAAUAUGCACAAAUCCUUUCUAGCAAUGAUGCCAAUUUCCCGUACUACACUUCAAACCUCUUUAAUCAGCAACCUUUUGCUCCCCAUUAUUCAUCAAGCUUUUUAUCACAACAACAACAACAAGAUCUAAUGAGAUUCUCGUCAAGGUUCGAUAGCUCCUCUAGCUCUGAUCAACAGGAACAUGGGAAGGACUCCAGUAAUCCUAGCGAGUGAAAUGUUAGAUUUUCCGCACCAAGAGGGCAACUUGGAAUCCUUAGUUAAGGGAAUAUAAAGUAUGGGUUAAUUAGCAUCAUUCCUUUGAAGCAGUAAUACCAUUAGAUGUCGAGAAGCUCAUAAUUGAUCAAGACCUUCCAAGUAUUUUUGUUGUGUUUUGGAAGCUCUUCUCUUUCAAUUCCUUUUUCGUUUCAAUGCAUGGGGUAGACACCCUAAUAUAUAUUAGUCACCCCAAGAAUCACCUAUCAGUUGGCAUUUUGCAUGCAUGGUCUGUAAUCUUUGGAGAGAUAACUAUAUAUAUAUGAGAAAUUUUGGGUAA